UUCUAGUGACAUCCACGCUACGAUGAGGUGAAGCGGUUGUUUUCGUCCCGGUGUGUGUAACUAGCUACCUGUAACGGAGGUACAACGGCUGCUACACCUGAAUUACCGCGGUGUCCCCGGCCUGUAGGGUAUCUGACACCCUCUGGAGUUACUGUCCGACUGACGGUUUCUAUCCCGGCUUGGUUUUCGGUGAGUUUGUCGCCAUGUUAUCAUCCGUUCCCACCAGGCUAAUUGCGCGAAGGUCGCGCAGCCUGUCGCCGUGUAGCCGCGUGCUAAAGACUAGUGCAGGCGACGCCGCGAGUCACGGCAUCCGGGACACACCGGAGGCCAACAGGAACCCCAUCGUGUCCACGUCUCGGACCUCCAGACGGGGUAUUCUAGCAGAGGAGACCGCUGGAACCAGUGUGAAUCCAUCGGUGCAGUACCACCACCUCGCCCCUAGGUGGCUGUCUAACCUGGAGAACCGUCGCAGCUCCUGGGCGGCUCUGGCCAGCAGGGGGCGCAACAACAGCCAGUAUUGGGAGGAGAGCGGGCGGAGCGGCGGGGGUGAGGGCCGGGGGACAGGCGAAGGAGCCGGCCGGGCAGGAGUGGCCUCUGUCAGUGUGUUGUCUGCAGCAGCUGUGGCCCUUUGCCUGAAGAAAGACUCUGAUAACAAAGGUGAUGCUCUUCUGGAGGCAGCGAGGACCAAUAACGCUGAAGAUAUAGCCAGGCUGGUAAAAGAGGGGGUGGACCCAAAUCAUCGCCAUCGUCUCGGUUGGACCGCUCUCAUGGUGGCUGCCAUGAACCGACAGCACAGCGUGGUGAAAGUUCUGAUCGAAGCCGGUGCCGACCCAAAUGCCGGGGAUCACUUUAACAACGUUUACGACACCUCACGGGAGAAAGGCAUCCACUCGCUGGAAGUGCUGGUGUCCAGAGAGGAUGAAUUCAGCAGCAGGCUCAGCAGUAGGGCUGGUUUCCGUGGCUGCACAGCGCUUCACUACGCCACGCUGGCCGAUGACCCACGAACUGUCCGCAUGCUGCUGGAGGCUGGUGCUAACCCCAUGCAGACCAAUGGUUUGGGACACACAGCUCGGGCCUACGCUAAGGAGGGAGAAGUGAGCGCAGUACUGCAGGAGUGGGAAGGAAAGUUCCAGGAGGCGCAGGCUCGGCGGGAGGCGGAGGAAAGGAGGAGGUUUCCCCUGGAGAGGAGGCUGAAGGAGCACAUCAUCGGACAGGAGGGCGCCAUCAAUACUGUGGCUUCAGCCAUCAGGAGGAAGGAGAACGGUUGGUACGAUGAAGAGCAUCCUCUCGUGUUCCUCUUCCUUGGCUCAUCAGGAAUCGGAAAGACGGAGUUGGCCAAACAGGUGGCUCGCUACAUGCACAAGGACAUUAAAAAGGGUUUCAUCCGUAUGGACAUGUCUGAGUUUCAGGAGAAACAUGAGGUUGCAAAGUUCAUCGGCUCCCCACCAGGAUAUGUGGGACACGAGGAAGGGGGUCAGCUGACCAAGCUGUUGAGGGCGUGUCCCAAUGCUGUGGUCCUGUUUGAUGAAGUGGAUAAGGCCCACCCUGAUGUUCUCACCAUCAUGCUGCAGCUCUUUGAUGAGGGCCGACUUACAGACGGUAAGGGGAAGACCAUUGAAUGUAAAGAUGCCAUUUUCAUCAUGACGUCUAACGUUGCAAGUGAUGAGAUUGCCCAGCAUGCAUUGCAGCUCCGCCAGGAAGCUGAGGAGGUCAGCCGCAGAAAGCUGGCUGACAACCUUGAGGAUGUCCAGAAAGGCGAUGACAUCAAAAUCUCCAGACAGUUUAAAGAUUCUGUGAUUCGACCGAUCCUGAAGGCUCAUUUCCGGAGGGACGAGUUUCUCGGUCGGAUCAAUGAAAUCGUAUACUUCCUGCCAUUCUGUCACUCAGAGCUGCUACAGCUGGUCAGCAAAGAGCUCAACUUCUGGGCCAAAAAGGCUAAGCAGCGCCAUGACAUCACUCUUAAGUGGGAUCGCCCAGUCCUGGACCUGUUGGCGGGCGGCUAUAACAUGCAUUACGGAGCGCGCUCCAUCAAACAUGAGGAUUACCACAAACCUGAUCGUAAACCGUUGACACCCACCUGAGGGAGACACUGCCUAAGCUCUCAAGGCUGUUUGGUCGUGGUCUUUCUGGCCCUGCUCCAGAACAUCUUCAUCAACUGAGUCUUCUUUUGAAGAGGCCCUCAGAUGCUGCAAUCUCUGACCUUAAAGAGGAACUGCUGCUUUCACUCUGUAACGAGACGGCGGUUAUUUUAAAGACCCAGCUCCUGGUGGCUUUAAGUGAAAAUUUAACAUCCAUCAAAACAGAACUGCAAACAGUUAAAUCUGAGCUGUCGGUCAGUAUUUCAAACAUCAAGUCCGACCCGAGGGCCCUAAAGCAUGCUGUGGGUGAAACGGAAACUUCAGUCUCCACAUCACCGACGACAUCGUCACACUCCAAAGCAGAGCACCUGUCUGCUGAACUUUUAAAAGUGGACUAUAAAUGUGAAGAAUGUGAGCAGUGGAACAGAUGUGAUCAGAAAGAAGUCAUUUUCUUUUUUCUCUUCUUUCUGGUUGACUUGAUGCUGUCAAAUGCAGAUGUUGAAGCUGAUUCUGAUCUUUCAGGAGAAAAAGCUGCUUUUCCUUCAUAGACUUUUCAGGAAAUUAUUCUCUCAGGUUUUCUCUACUAUUGAUCUUUUUAUUAUCUAUGAUUAUUUAAUUAUUGUAAAAUAAAUUUGGAGGCAUAAAGACUCAUUUAGUUAUUUUAUUUUUGAAAUCUUUGACGUAGAAGAACUGAACUUCCAUUUUCCUUCUUGUACUGCUGAUACCAGAACUAAACAUGUCAGCUAUUUAUACUACUACUGCUGCUGCUUGUACUUCUAGUAUUACUCCUACUGCUUGUACAGCUAUACUACAGUUACUAUUAAUCGUCUGGUAUUUGGUUGUCAAGCUGCUAGUUAGUGUUGUGCUAGUGGCUGACUAGUUAGCUCUCAACAAGAUUUAAUAAUGAAAAAAGAGCCAAUUUCCAUUUUUACUUGUGAAAAGUUAUUCCAAGUUUCCUUGUCUCAAUCGUACGACAUAGCGUGCAAUUGUAUGCAGCACAGUGAGACAGCAUACUUGUUUCUGUUUUCACGCCGUCUCCGUGAACGGAAUGCUCUGAAACUUUGCCCCCACUAGCUUAGCAUCGCUGUAGCACACAGCUCAAAGGAUUGUGUCCUAUCUACUGAUUCAUAUCUAUGUCACACUACUCUACACUAGUCUGGUCCGAUGCAGUCUCGAUGAUGACGUUUCACGAGUACCUGAAAACGCAAGUACGGACAGUUACGCACUGAGAAACGGCCACAGUCUUCUUACCGCAAAGGUACAAAGCUGCUGUCUUCUCCUCCACCAGGAAACGUCUUCAAAGCUUCUUCAAAUCCAAAAUAAAUACAUUCAAAAGAUCAAACUAACGUCAUUGAUGCAUUCAGGUGCAGUUGGACAAUGAAGUUGCAUUCAGGAGCGUCAGAGAUCGAGUAUCAGUAAUGUAAAUUUCCAACAAAAAUUAUGGGGGGGCAACCGGACGGCCAAUCAUAUAUUUUUGGAUGAUUUUUACUAAUUUUUUGAAAAUAUUUAUCAGAAUUUUCUUGCCAAAUUUGGGGGAUUUAAAAUUUUUUUCAUAAAACUUUUAAGGGAAACUUUUAAAGAAUUAUUGGAAUUUUCUUUCUGAAGGUUUUUGCAAAUUUUCAAAAAAUUUGAGGAUUGUUUUUGCUGAAUUUUUUUAUUUUUUUUUUUUCAGACAAGGAAACAGUAUUUUUUGGUGCCUCUAAAUGAAGAUAGCAGGAGGGUUAAAGUGUUUUAGUUAGUGUUGGACUACCAUGUUCUGCCACAACAACUCCAGUGCUGCAAAACAUUGAUUCUCCUGCUGGAGGAAUGUAACACUAUUCUUCUCAAAGUUUUAUCUUCAUUUGGUGUUUUGAUCAUUGCACAGUCUAGCAUACUUUUAGAAAAAUAAAGGCUCUUCAAGGGCUCUUCAGAA